AUGGAAUCACCCCUAUACAGACCUACCCGGACCGUAUGGCGCUUAAAUGAACUACUCCUCUCCGACGAACCGACGCAGGCACAACUACUGGAACAACUAAAUAACUACUUCACUGAAAACGACACCGAAGAAAUCUCCGCACUGACUCUGUGGGAGGCCCACAAAAGCGUCCUCAGGGGACUACUUAUCCGGAUAUCAGCGCAAAAAAAGAAAGAAGCACAACGACAAAUGACGACACUAGCGGAACAGAUAACAACGCUGGAAACGCUGCACAAGAGGACCCGACAGGAGGAGCAUUACCGCACUCUUUUGACCCUCAGACGGAAACUGUCGGACCUGAUAGCCAGCAAACACCACAGGUCGAUCCAGAGAUCGAAGGCCUUCUUCUACAUCCAUGCCAACAAGGGAGGAAAGCUGCUAGCCCGCAUGCUGCGGAACCAACAAACAAGCGCACAGGUAAGCGCGCUGCGAACAGCCAGGGGCACCACUACGCAAUUCCCUGAAGAGAUUGCAAAUGAAUUCCGCUCGUACUACGAAGACCUGUAUAACAUACCGCCCGAAACCCCGGACGCGGACGAGACCGGCACCGCAGGAGACAUCGCACGCUACCUUAGAGACUUCAACCCUGAAACCCUAUCCCA